AUGGCCUUAACAGCCUCUUUCAAUGAUACUUUUCGUGUUUCUGACAACAUCGCAGUGGUUGUUCCCGAGACAGGAGUUGAGAUAACGUAUCGCGAUCUUUCCCAUCAGGUAGGUCACUUUCAGACACUAUUCCAGGACCCCCAAUCGCCGCUGUAUGAUUUCGCUUUACGUCAGAGUACUGUUGCAAUCUCAAUGACCAAUGGAUUGGAAUUUAUCGUGGCUUUCUUGGGGGCAACGAUGGAUUCCAAGAUCGGUGCGCCAUUAAAUCCAAACUACAAAUCAGAGGAGUUCAACUUUUAUUUGAACGAUUUGCAAACCAAGAUUGUCGUUGUACCUAGAGGCACUGUCGGUCGCGAGAAGGAUGCAGAAAUCUUGAAGAGCGCAAGAAAGUUUGGUUGUUACAUUGUCGAGUUACACUUCAACAAGGAGAGAUUCAGAGUUGAAUACGAUGUCUAUUCGCCAGAUGAUAACUACCGCGCAAACAAGUUUUCGUCGUUGAAUAAUGCUGUAUUUGUCAACCACGACUCCGUCAGAUUCCCCGGUUUUGCUCGUUCAAGCGACGUCGCACUGAUUUUGCACACCAGUGGGACCACUUCCAAGCCCAAGACCGUCCCGCUGUUGCACCUCAACAUUGUCAGAAGCACUUACAACAUUGCCCGUACCUAUAAGCUCGCUGAUACCGAUCGCUCAUAUGUAGUGAUGCCCUUGUUCCACGUUCAUGGAUUGAUAGGAGUCUUGUUGUCUACCUUCCUGUCCCAGGGUUCCGUGAUAGUGCCCAAAAGGUUCAGUGCUAAGAAAUUCUGGGACGAAUUCAUCACUUACAAGGCCAAUUGGUUCAGUUGCGUGCCAACCAUUAGUAUGAUCAUGCUGAACAUGCCAAGACCCAGUAAAAUGCCAAGCAUCAGAUUUAUCAGAUCCUGUUCAGCAGCACUUGCGCCAGCAACAUUUCACAAGCUCGAAUCCGAAUUCAAUGCGCCCGUGCUGGAGGCCUACGCGAUGACGGAGGCUUCGCACCAAAUGACGUCCAACAACUUGCCACCGGGCAAAAGAAAGCCCGGCACCGUGGGUCAGCCCCAGGGCGUCGAAGUCGUAAUUCUCGAUGAUAAGGACAACGUGCUGGCACCGGGUCAAAUCGGUGAAGUAUCCAUUAGAGGCGAAAACGUCACCUUAGGAUACGCGCACAACGAGAAGGCCAACAAGGAGAACUUCACUAAACGACUAAACUACUUCAGAACUGGUGACCAGGGAUUCUUCGACCCAGAGGGGUUCCUAGUAUUAACCGGAAGAAUCAAGGAACUGAUAAACAGAGGCGGCGAAAAGAUCUCGCCAAUUGAACUCGACGGGAUCAUGCUCCUACAUCCAAAAGUCGACGAAGCGGUUGCAUUUGGCGUGCAAGAUAAAACUUACGGUCAAGUUGUCCAGGCUGCAGUGGUACUGAAGAAGGGCGAGAAACUCAGCUAUGAAGAACUUGCCAAAUUCAUCGCCGACAGGGCUGCCAAAUUCAAAGUUCCGUCAAAGAUCUAUUUCGUAGAAAAACUCCCCAAGACCGCAACAGGCAAGAUCCAGAGGAGAAUCAUUGCCAGCGCCUUCGCGGGCUCUCAAACACCAGGAAGUAAACUAUAA